GGGAAUCUGUGGCCCCCUGAGUCUUGUUGAAGCACACAACAGCCUCUUCCGCUUGUCGAUGUAAGAAUAUCAGCUAAAAGCGUCAAGAUGCAGCAAUCGCAACUGGAUCCUCUUCCAAGCGAUCUGCCGUUCCGGAUCAUAUCCAAAACCAUUGGAAGGGGCGCAUAUGCAUCGAUCAAGAAAGCGAUACCCCUGGAGGCGCCAUCGCCAGUCUUCGCUGUGAAGCUGAUACACAAGGGCUAUGCCGUCAGGCAGGGGCGCAUAUCUGCAAAGCAGAUUGCGAUGGAAGUGUCGUUGCACUCGCAUAUUGGCCAGCACCCAAACAUCAUCGAGUGGUUCGCGACCGGCGAGGACGCAGUGUGGAGAUGGAUCGCCAUGGAGUUCGCCGAGGGUGGUGACCUCUUCGACAAGAUUGAGGCAGAUGUCGGUGUACAGGAGGAUAUCGCCCACCUCUACUUCCUGCAGCUGAUCAGCGGCGUCAGCUUCAUGCACUCCAAGGGCGUUGCGCACCGAGAUCUCAAGCCCGAGAACAUCCUCUUGUCGGAAAGCGGGAACCUCAAGAUCGCCGAUUUUGGAAUGGCGACCAUGUUCGAGUAUAAGGGGGCGAGGAAGCAGAGCAGCACUAUGUGUGGGAGCCCGCCGUACAUCGCCCCGGAGGUGCUGCUGUGCGCAAGGCAGGAUAAAAAGUCGUCAAACAGCGCGAAGUACUCGGCAGACUUGGUCGAUAUCUGGUCCUGCGGCGUCAUCCUGUUCGUUCUCUUAGUAGGCAACACACCGUGGGACGAGCCGACCUCAGGGAGCUGGGAGUUCCAGGAGUAUGUCCGGACGAACGGCCGCAGCACCGACUCCCUCUGGGGGAGAAUACCCGCCGACGCCUUGUCGCUGCUCCGUGGCAUGAUGAACAUCGAAGCCAACAAACGAUUUUCCUUCGCCCAAAUCCGCCAGCAUCCCUGGUACACGCGCCGCAACCCGCUCCUGACAGCCGACGGCAUGGUCUCGGACCCCGUCGCCCUGGCAGCGCAGAUGCUCGCCGGCCUCCGCAUCGACCUGACUGCCCAGCCCACCCAUUCUCAGCGUCAAUCGCAGCCAGAAGCAAUGGAUCUCGACUCCCAACCCAGCCACGACUGGUCCUCCAACCUCCCAGCCACCCAACCCGAAACACCCUUAACCGAUGCUAUCUUCGACUGGGAGCGACCUGCGCCUCGCACGCUAGGCACCUACGCCAUCUCCUCCACCCAGCCCCUCGCCGCCGCUGCCGUGGCCAAGUCCCGCCUGGGCUUCAACCUCGCGCUCGAAGCCCUCGCGGACGAGCCGACAAUGAGCCAGUUCUCGCAGACCCCCGGCGUGCCCCUCAGCCUGACGCAACACGCCCGCCAGUUCCGAGACAUCGUGCCGUCCUACUCGCUCACGCGUUUCUUCUCCUGCAUGCCGCCGGCGCUGCUGGUGCAGAUGCUGAGCGACGCGCUGCACCAGCUCAACGUGCCCCAGCCGGGGCGGGCGCCCGUCGUGGACCCGCAGGCCGAGCACGUGGCGAUGCUGAAAGUGAGGACGUUAGACGGGAGACGGCAGGGUCUGCACGGGGAUGUGCUGGUGGAUCGGUACCAGCUGCCGUCGCCGGAGGAGCAGGAACUCCUGGAAGUGAGGUUCGUGAAGAUCAAGGGCGAUCCGUUGGAGUGGCGGCGCUUUUUCAAGAAGGUUGCUUUGCUAUGUCGGGAUGCCGUCUAUAGCGGUGACGGCGGCGACAGGAAUGGCGGGGUCAGUAAGGCGGCGUAG